UCAUUACAAAUUAACGUUACCUUAUUUCAAAGUUUGAAUCUUGCUCUCCUUUUUUUCUUCUUAGUUAGUUCAUUGAGAAAAAUUCAGACGUUGACCCCGUGAAAAAUCAAAUGGGAUUUGGAGAAUCGAUCGAGUAAUUUGAUUGUUCAAUAUAUCCAACAGACACGGAAGAAACCUGAACCGCUUCUUUUAAGUUUGGUUUAGGACUUUUAGAACAUUUUGGAGGAGGUUACGACAAGUCUAUGUCAAAGUAGUUCUUAUUAUGUUUUUGAAGUGUUUUGCUGUCACCUCCUCUUUGACGUUUAAAUAAUGGUGGACUCAAAGUUCGGUGCGAAGUGAUAAUAGGAGCAGAAAGCCAGAAACCAAAAAAAGUCGAAGUUGGAAAAAACUCUGUGUGGUUGCAGAGGAAAGUGAGCAAAAAGAAAAAAACAAUGAGGAUCGUUUCGGAAGAAGAAGCCAUUGAUGAAUUCCUGAAGCUCAUGGAUAAAGUUGAGGAGCCAUUGAAGACAACAUUUAAGAAUGUCCAUCAGGGAUACCUGAGAGAGACUUUGAUUCGUUUUCUAAAAGCACGAGACUGGAACGUAAUAAAAGCUCAUGCAAUGCUGGUUGAGUGUUUGCGUUAUAGGCUGGAUAAUCAAAUUGACAGUAUCCUAUCCAAACCUAUUGUUCCUAGUGAGUUGUACAGGAACGUACGUGAUUCUCAGCUCAUAGGAAUGUCAGGUUACACCAGAGAGGGCUUGCCUGUCUUUGCUAUUGGUGUUGGCCUCAGCACAUUCGACAAAGCUUCUGUUCACUACUAUGUCCAAUCCCACAUCCAAAUCAAUGAAUACAGAGACCGCGUACUACUGCCUUCUAUGUCUAAGAAGAACGGGAGGCCAAUCACCACUUGCGUGAAGGUUCUAGACAUGACAGGGUUGAAACUUUCAGCCCUGAGUCAAAUUAAGUUAGUGACUAUCAUAUCGACCAUUGAUGAUCUGAACUAUCCAGAGAAAACAAACACAUACUAUGUUGUCAACGCUCCAUAUAUAUUCUCCGCCUGUUGGAAGGUUGUAAAACCUCUUUUACAAGAGAGGACGAGGAAAAAAGUUCAUGUGUUAUCUGGUUGCGGAAAGGACGAGUUAUUGAAGAUUAUGGACUACACAUCCCUCCCACAUUUCUGUAGAAGAGGAAGCUCUUCUGGGUCAUCUCACCACGCUCAGAGUGUAGAUUGUUUUUCUGUUGAUCAUCCUUUCCAUCAACAGCUAUACAACUAUGUGAAGCACCGGUAUGAGACCGAGGGACAAGCAGAACCUGCAAAGCAAGGAUCUUUCCACGUGGGUUUUCCCGAGCCUGUAGCUGAGCGUGUGGAGAUGGCCAAAACCAUAGAAUCUGAACUGCACAAGUUCGAAAACUGCAGCGUUGGUGACAGAAAAGCCAGUCCAUGAGAGAACUUGGGAGAUGGAUGAAUCUUGGAAUGCGUCUGAAGGAGUUCUUUCACAACAAAAAAUGUAUUUUAUAGUUGACCUAGCAAUUCAAUUGAGUAAGUACUGAGCACUGUGGCUCUGUUAUCUGCAUAGCCAUGCAAAUGUAAAGUGAAGGAAAGAGAAUAAAAUCUUGGUACUGAUUGAACUCCUGGA